AUGGCUCAGGGCGACUCGGCAAGGGUGCAGGAAGCCCAAAAGCUGGCGAAAUCGAACCCUCGUGAAGCGGAGCAGGCCUACAAAGAGAUCCUGUCGAAACCGCCAUCUGCGACGUCUGAUGCCGCCAUCAAGGAGUACGAAUCGGCGUUGAUAAGCUUGGGCGAGCUGUACCGGGAUGAGAAGCAAAAGACGGCAAAGCUUGUCCGCCAGCUCCUUGACCUGUUCGAUGCCAUCCCCAACACCACCGACACACAGAUCGCCGUCACCAAGUCAUGUAUAGAGUGGGCGACCUCCGAGCGCCGGAGCUUCCUGCGCCAGAACCUCGAGACCCGUCUCGUCACCCUCCUCAUGGCCAAGCAGUCCUACUACGACGCCCUCACCCUCAUCAACGGCCUGCUGCGCGAGCUCAAGCGUCUCGACGACAAGCUUGUCCUCGUCGAGGUCCAGCUUCUCGAGUCGCGCGUCUACCACGCCCUCGGCAACAUUCCCAAAGCCCGCGCCGCCCUGACGAGCGCCCGAACGAGCGCCGCCUCCGUCUACACGCCACCCCUGCUGCAGGCCAACCUCGACAUGCAGAGCGGCAUGCUCCACGCCGAGGACAAGGACUUCAACACGGCCUUCUCCUACUUCAUCGAGGCCCUCGACGGCUACCACACGCAGGACGAGCCCGUCAAGGCCACCGCCGCCCUGCAGUACAUGCUGCUCUGCAAGAUCAUGCUCAACCUCGCCGACGACGUCAACAACCUCAUGGCCUCGAAGCAGGCCCAGAAGUACGCCGGCCAGAACCUCGAGGCCAUGAAGGCCAUUGCGCGCGCGCACUCGAACCGCUCCCUCGAGGAGUACGAGCGCGCCCUGACCUCGUACCGCUACGAGCUCGGCUCCGACGCCUUCAUCCGCAACCACCUGCGCCGUCUCUACGACGCCAUGCUCGAGCAGAACCUCAUCAAGGUCAUCGAGCCCUUCUCCCGCGUCGAGAUUGACCACAUUGCCAAGAUGGUCGGCCUCGACACCCAGCAGGUCGAGCGCAAGCUCUCCCAGAUGAUCCUCGACAAGGUCAUCAUUGGCGUGCUCGACCAGGGCGCCGGCUGCCUCAUCAUCUUUGAUGAGACGCACCGUGACGAGUCGUACGACCACGCCCUGGCGACGAUUGAGAAGCUCGGCGGUGUGGUGGACGUGCUCUACACGAACCAGGCCUCGCAGCUGGAGUAG